UCUUUUUUCCAUACCCAAAAAACUAACAAACGUAAAAAAUACGAUCAAAGUGUCUGCAUCAUCAAAGAAGACUUCACUCACUCUUCCAUUCUCAUUUCUCACACACAACACACACUGACAUCGGACUUCGGAAAUUCUCUCUCUUCCUGCGCGUAUCUUCUCGCUCCUCCGAAAUGUCUAAUAGGCAUACUAUUAUUCUGAUGCAAACAUCCCAAUACAGAGCAACCCGCACGUUCAUGGACUAUGACUCAAUCAGCCAAGCAAUGGAUGGAAUAUGUGGGCUAUAUGAACGAAAACUGAAAGAGCUAAAUCCAGCCAUAAGAAACAUCACAUAUGAUAUCUCAGAUCUGUACAAUUUCAUUGACGGCCUUGCUGAUUUGAGUGCAUUAGUCUACGACCACUCAAUUCAGGCUUACCUUCCAUACGAUCGACAAUGGAUCAAGCAGAAAACGUUGCAGCACUUGAAGAAAUUGGCUCAGUGAUCUUCAAGGAUGCCGGAAAAUCGGUACUUGGAUGACUGUAAUGACAACUUAAGUAUGACAUGUUUGGGUUCAGCUGGACCAUCCACCAUUCUAGAAUUCUCUGUUUCGAACUUGUGUGUAUCUCAUCUCAUGUUUCCUUAUUUUGUGGAAAUACAGUGAUGCUUAUAGCGUGUUUCUCUCUCUAGAGUUAUGUAUGGUAUUGUUGCUAGACAAGUAAGUGCAUCUUGCUUUCAAAAAGUUGCUCUUAUAGCAUCUGUAACCUGCCCAAAUAUUUAUUGGUAUAUAAUGCUUAUGUUUGCCUA